AUGACAAAAGUUGUCAAAGAGAAUGAGCCAGCUCAAAAGUCCACUGUCCUCCGUAAAACGGAUAACGCGUUUGAACGAUUUUGCUCAAAUAUUAUUGACGAUAAACACUAUAAUGACUUGGUAUCAUUGGAAGAAGGGGACACACCAGUUAUGCUUGACAACAAAGUCACUGGAGACAAUAAUACUUUUUGGACCAAAGUAACAGAUGCAUUUAUGGAUACCGACUAUGCUUGGAAUGUCGCAGCGGAUACAUCUUUUAGUGGGGACGAAUACAACAAAGAUAGUGAUAGCGAUGGAGUCGACGAUGUGAGCGAUAAGAGAAAAUACGUGAGGGUCGCAUAG